AUGCUGUCUCAACGGAUCUUGGCCCGGCGCCUGCCACAGGUUGCCUCCCGGGCAAUUGCUCCCCGCGCAGCCUUCUCUCAGAUCCCAGCCCGUCGUGCUGCUGAAGUUGAGGAUCCUCUACAGAACAACAACUACCCCAACCCUCCCCGGGAGAAGCGCGCCCACAGAGACCCCUACGGCGGCUGGUGGGAUGCGCAAGAGAAGCGCAACUUUGGCGAGCCUGUGCACGAGGAUAACGAAAUCCUCGGUGUGUUCAGUCCCGAGCAGUACACCCACGUCUCCGCCGGCAAGGGCUUCUUCCACCUCGGAUGCUUCGUUGCUGCGUUCCUCGGUCUCGUUGGUGUCGUCAGCCUCAACUACCCCGACAAGCCCAGUGUUCCCAAGACUUACGUCGAUGGCCUGGAGAAGGAAUUGGGAGGCCCCAACGCUCUGCCGGCUCGCAAGUCCGGUGAGGACAAGUGGUGA